AUGUAUGGUAUUCAAGCGUAUGUCUUUCAAACUGGGAAGGUGAAUAUUUCCGACACAUCCCAAAACAACCAUGGCUGCCAGACCGUUUCUUUCAAUACUCAGUUCCAGGGUUCUGGAGAUGUAAAGGUGUUUGCAACGCUUAGCCACGGAAGCGAACAUGUCAAAAUCCACGAUCCAGCGUCUGUUUGGGUGAAGUCAGUGUCCACAUCUGGUUUUGAUGCCUGCGUUCGUGAAGCAGGAAGUGGUUCUAGAGGCGCGUCUGUGAUCAACUGGCUUGCCUUUCAAGGUUCGCACCAAGGUCUUGAUUCAGGAAUCGUUGAAUUUGACGAAUUCACCUCAAGAACCCAGUGCAAGAAGAUAUCGCUUAGUAUUCAGAAUAAGGUGAGAUGGUAAAGUAGGUGGAUUCAGUCAGUCAUUUUAACAUACUUACAGGUGACAAACAAUACAUCCUUACUUGGACAAAAUCGAUCAGGCAUGGAAGAAGGGGCCUUAAGCCUAAAGCUACGUGUAGAAUCGAGAAAGCGGAAGUCCCAUGCUUUACUGUCAUAAUUAGUCACUUAGAAGGAACUUUGAAAAUGUCACAUCAGGGCUAUGUAGAAUCCCAGGCCGUACAUUUUCGUUCUUCUUUUUUUUUUUCUGUGUCAUAGAUAAUUGUUCUUUUGUUAUACUCUGUCUUACUUAGACGAGACCCCAAGUGUUUGUGACUGUUCUACAUAAACACUCCGACCGACCAUUUGACUCCAUGAACAUUUGGCUAGAAGACGUCAAAAAGGAUGGUUUUGUGGUUUGCUUGAGGGAGUUUAUGAGCUUUGACGGCAUCCAUUCAGGUCUCAAAGUGGUAAGUUGAAAUUAGAUAAGUCUGAGGUGACUAGUCUUUAUUGCUCUAUUCACGAAAUUACCACGCAGGGUUUGUGUGGCAAAGAAGUCCAUCUUGGGGUUUCUAAAGGGUGCGUUCCAGUACAUGUGACAUCACACACUACACUUCUAUGUACAGUAAAUUCUAUAUCGUGCUUCUUCUCCAACUUGUAUUACAAAAAUUAAUAUAUCAAAAACAACAGUGAAAACAAGAAAGUCGAUUCAGUUAACGUCUUAAGUGCUAGUUUAUUUAGGUUAGAUAUACCUGUUCCCAAUGCUUUUUGCAGCACUUCUGUCUGUCGGAGCUCCCCAUCUCAGGACGACGAAUAAUGAUAAUAAUCGUCCGCAAAUCUGCAAAUAAAUUUGUGUAUAUUCUCUCUUUUUUUAAAGAACUGGCUGGCUUAUGAUGUGCUCCCGGCGUUUUGGAAUAUUACUGAAAGAGGAAAGCUUCAUUUUUCUGGACUUGGUGCUCCAAAGAAAGAAAACAACUAUGCUUUUUGUCAGGUUGGAAAGACCAACGGUCUUCUACAUGUAUGAGCCUCUGUUUAGUUUAGUACAGUUCAAGGGAGCUAAUGAAUGUACGGUUAUCAGUGACAAAAAAGGGUUUAUCGUAUCAUUGAUCUUGAUUUCUAUUGUACACCUGUAUUUGAAUUGUACAAAAGUGCAUCCACUAGCAGUCUUUAUAACCUUGAUGUUGCACUAUAAUCUCUUUUAUUUAUUUAUUUAUUUAUUUAUUUUAAAAACUUGCAGAACUUUGUUCUAUUUGGAAUAAGAGAAAAAAAAACCUCUCUUUUACGCAUUAUUAUAAGCAAGUUAAAUAGGAACUGUCAUAACAACAACAACAAACAAAAACGUUAUUGACAGCAGUGAAACACAUAACACAUACACACUACCUACAUUUAGCAAAAGCUAUUGGAGGCAGGCAGUGUACAUGAACUGAUGCGUUUCUUAAAUGUUAAACAAGAAAAUUACAGAAAGGUCUUUGAAUUACAAUACUUUUUCUUAAACCAAGGUCGGAAUAAUAAGGUGAUUAGCUUUUAAUAAGGCUUUAUCAAUGCAUUUUUUGUGUAAUUUUUUUUUUCAGGAGUAUAAAUUCGAAAAUCCAUUUUACGAGCCUCCUAGUGUCCUCACGUCUGCCAGACAUGACAACGUUACCAAUGCUCUGUGGAUGAAGGCUGAUGGUCGUCUUAGCAAUGCUUUAAAUGUUUGGAUCGAGGUAAGUAAUUUUCCAGACCAGAUACAGCCAUUUAUCUUUCCUUAUUUAUUGAAACUGAUUUUAGAGUUCUUUUUUCAAUUGCCUCCACACUCCAAGUAACUGAGUAAAAAUGAAUUAAGCGCUCGAAGUGGCAGCACCGCUUUUAUAUUUAACUUAAUCAAAUUCCUCAGUCAUUACAGUAACUGUCGUUUGAACUACGAUUUUGUAACGAGAAACUUAUUAUUAUUAUUAUCAUUAUUAUUAUUAUUAUUAUUAUUAUUAUUAUUAUUAUUAUUACUUCAAAUGUGGGCUAGAAAAAGAGUGGCGAAUAAAAGAACUUCAUUCAAUUUCCGUAAAACUGAGUUUGUCGAAAAAAAAUUGACUUAGAUAAGUGUAAAAAGUUUUUUUUUCUGCACAUACUUUUCUUGCGUUUGUAUUUCUUACACCACAAAAGAAAUACCCACGCCUUAAAAAUCUAGGAACUAGGAACCUAGUUAAGACGCAGAAAGCUCCACUUCUUUUUUCAUUUUACUUGGAUAGACUAAGGAAAUUUUUGAACAACGAGAUACUAAGUUAUAAAUUUAAUAUUUAGUUCAUUGUUUAGGAAUUCUACAAACUUUUUGUAACUUAAGUUUGACUGGAGUUGUAGUAAAUUGAUCGAACUGAACAGUAUUUCUUGUUAAAUUUGUAGCAGUUAUAACUGAAUGAAUUUGUUGUCUUCUAGGAAAUCACUCGUUUGUCUUUCAAAGUGUGCAUCAAGGACAGCCAGGGAAUAAGCAAGUCUCACGAUCCAGUUACAGUAGACUAUGCAAUUGUGGGAGGUAAUUUGUUGUCUCCAUUGCAUCCAAAAUCAGAAACUUUAGUUAAGAUCAGAAGCAGUUUCAAAAUCGAAGAAAGAAAAGACAAACAAGAAAGAUACGUUUUUGGACAUAUACACUCGUAGUGAAGGUCCUAAAAAUGUAUUGUCUUCUAUAAUUCUUCUGACUUAAGUCUAGGCCCGCAUGCCGAAUGGAGUAAUAUUUUUUCCGAAAAAUGUAUUAUUUUAAGCGCUUCAUGCUUCAGUAAGAUUUCUGAUAGGAGUUUAGGAAAAAAUUGGUUAAAUUCCUGUCGUAAGAAGUGAUUUUGUAUUUUUCCUCAAAGAUAUUGACCCGUGCACAAAUGUUACUUGCGAGUACCAUGCCAUCUGCAAAGCUUUCUCUGCAUUUGAUGCUCGUUGUGUGUGUGAUGACAACUGCCCGUCGUACGAAGAGCCCGUAUGUUCAUCUAAUUCGACAACAUUCAAGAACAAGUGCUUUUUUCUACUGGACAUUUGCAAACACAAAAGUAACCACACGCUUUAUCAUCCUGGCAGCUGUACAGGUAAAAUUCUAAGCCUUUUUUUACCUUACUUCUUUGUUGCCAACUACAAAGCGUGAGACGAUCUACUAGGCCUGAGUAAGGAUUAAUUGCUUUUGUUUCCGCCUUUUUAGCACAAGUUCCUCUUCUCGCUCUCGCCCACCCCACAAACACACACACACACACCAUCCCUAUAGAUGAGUUGUAAGAUGGGUCCAUGACCACGUUUUUAGCUCUUGAUAACACUUUGUUUUGGUUUGUUAGUUUGUUUGCCUAAUUUGCCAAAUGCGUACUUACCAAUUGGAGGUAUCACUUUUAUAGGGCAUUUAUAUCUGACAUUGAAGCAAAACUACUUGUUCCCCUAUCCUUCUUUGUUCUAACUUUUUUUGUAUUUGUACACUUCCUCUUGCCUCCACUUAGGUUUUCCUACUCAGACCGGGCGGGUUUCACUCGUAAGACAUGUAAAAUCUGCUGAGACGGCCUGUAAAGUGGUGGAAUUUCCGCCAUUCUCCUUCUAUCCAGACAAAGAGGUACACGUGCAAAUAACGACCAAUCACUGGAACAUAAGCAGGAAAAAUUUUAUACAUGACGCCACAGUUUCAUGGGUACACACUGUUAACUACAAAAAAUUUGAGGUGAAUAUUGAAAAUAAUGUUUUAGUUUAUCCUAAAGGACAGCGGUCUACCAAGUGAUAAUAGUUACUAGGAUUCAAAAAUUCGCAUACUCGUCUUGUAUCUUUUUAUAAAUUUGUCUUAUCCUUUUUAUUGACGAUUUGUAAAAAAAUUGUUCUUUAAUUGCUGAGUCAGACGUAAUUACUGUUUAAUUACUGUUCUUUAAUUCCUGUUGUGCUUCGGUAAUUUCAUAACUUGUACCACUUUUAUCAUUUUAAUUUUGCUUAUUCUGCAUGUCUUGUUUAUUCUCAAAAAUUAACAUUAUACGUAACAUACAUAACUUGGUAUCAGAUUUUUGCCCUGUGUAUUUGUAGCCCUUGGCGUUUGGAAAUGUUAUCCAGUGAUUAAAAAAGUAUACCGAGGAAGCCCGAAGAGCAAAAUGUUUGUAUUCUCGAUUCAUCAGUAAUUAAAAACCUGCAAUUACGAGGUAUUAUACUACUACAUCAGAAAUUUCUGUAAUUUGAUUGACUUAGAGCAGUGGUAUUUCAGCUUAAUUUGAAAUACCUACAUGUGAAAAUUACAAACCUUUUGUGGGUACUAGUAUAAACAAAUAAUAGCAUGAUUUGUACGUGAUAUUUGGCAUAAAUCCCACUCGUGAUAUUUCAAAAUUGUCUCAAAUUUCACUCGCCUAACGGCUCGUGAAAUUACGUAUAACAAUUUUGAAAUAUCAUUCGUGGUAUCUAUGCCAAAUAUCACUACAAAUCAUGCUAUUACCUGUACAAAUCUCAAUUAACCAAAAAUGUGUUGAAUUGCAUCUUUAGGUUUGCGUGACAGCGGCAGGAAGGAAUGACCGCUCUAUCCAAGAGUUUGCCACAGUGGACUGGAUGGCAUACCAAGGAGCACCUGAUGGUGGUGUGGCGGGAAAAUCACGCAUUUCACAGUGGUGGACUGGAUCACAGUGUGAAGAAGUUAACCUUCCCCAGGCAAUUAUCUAUUUUGUUUCCAUUUUCUGGAAUUGCACUUAAGGUAGUUGUUUUUUGGGACCUAGAGGUGGCGAGAGGUCAUGCCACCCUCCCAUUAGGAAUAUCUAUGAUUACGAAUCUUACGGUGUUGGCAGUAAGUCUCGCAAUUUCGAUGCUGAAGUAGGAAAUUGCGUUAUUUUUUCAACUGCCGCCAAAGUGGGUUUCUAAUGUGUUAGGAAGGUGCCCGAUUGUAACGAAAUCAAGUUAUUCAGAUAUUUUGCAUUAUCCUUAAAAACCACAAAAGUUGUUUUGCAUAAGCAAAAACUAAAUCAACAAAAAUCCGUGAUAUCCUAUCAAUGUGAACCACGGUCAAAUGCCUUAUCCUUCAAAUAAUUUCGAUCUAAAAAUGCUUUUUUCAGAUUAAACUCCAUUGCACAAAGUAUGUUUAAGGUUUUUUUUAUUUGCAGGCUAAACCCCUUAAAAGUGCGAAAACAAGCAUUCAUUCAUGCACUAAAUUUUGUAUACUUAGCAAAUGUUAGAUAGGUAUAAAGCAUAAACUAACAGAAACUGAAACGAUGAAACGAAGCGGACAAAACCAGCCUUGUACAACCGAAGGCCAAACUCGUGGGGGCCAGACACUUAACCACCAUAUGAAAAGGCCAUGUACAAAUCGAAAAAAGUCGUGUACUAGGUACAUGCAGAUCGUGUUUCAUUCUUUCAUUCUGAUUUUUUUAUUCUUUGUUUUGGAUAUGUUGUUUAAAAGUUAACAAUAUUAAUUAGUCUGGAGAUACAACUCACCAUUCUUGAUUUUCAUUAACGAUUGCUUUAUAGGGAAAGUUUGCUACUGCCCCAAGGAUCCUGGUUACAGCGCAACAUAUAAGUGCAGCCUUUAAGCACAACGCUGCCAGUUUGUGGGUGGAGAACGCAACCAGUUCCUCCUUUUACAUUUGUCUUCGAGAGCUGCAGAACUAUGAUGGUCUGCAUGAAGAUAUCUUUGUGGUAAUUUUACAAUUUUUUUAAAGAGAUAUACGUUAUGAACACUAAAGAAAAAAGCACAGAAAUCAAGGCUAUAAUGAACCUUGUGUUAAAGAGAAGCGGACAUUAAGGAAGAAGAUAUUCAAUCAGCUGGGGCUGAUAAAAAAUUCCAAAGUCUUAUUUUCAUAUUCUCCUGAGAAAAAGAGCAGCCACUAUAAGAAUAUCGCAGCACUGUGUUUGAAAUUUUAGACUCCAUUUCACAGCAAGUGGUUGCUAAUCAAAUCUUCAAUAUUCCAGCCAGGAACGCUUUAGCUCUUGAAUGACUGCCAUUAAAGACAACUAAGUGUUCAGAGUCCUGGAAACGGCCACUCUGUAGCGGAAGAAAAAACGCCUUUUUUACCAAAUCCAAAUUUUUGGACCUGUUCAGUUUUGACAAAUUGGUUAAAAAAGCAGAUACACUUUUUCCUGCUAAUUGGAAGUGUUUAUGCAGCUAUGUUGCAAUACUUUUUCAGAAUUGGAUGGUCUUUGAAACAAUCCACCGGCCCCUUUUUGCCGAGAGCAAACAAGUGAAUUUUCCAAACAACAACCCUGUUUCUACAAACUACAAUGGUGCAUUUUGUAAGGUAGGAAGCGAGCUCGUUCUGUAAUUUUACGAUAAUCCGUUGGCAUGUUUUAUGUUCCUCAGCAAUUUAACAGAUAAAAAAGCUAUGCAACAGGUUUUCCAUGUUUCACAUACUAAGUUGUAAAGCGGUGUUUUCUAUUACUAUCACCACCUUCACAACAGUACUCCUUUUAGCCUGGAAGGAGGCUCCGGCUUGUGCGAGUGCGGGGGAAAACUUUGCGCUGGCGGCUAUGCCGCCAAAAUUUCCCUCGAACUCGCACACUUGACCCUGCUUGCAGGCCAUUCCUCGAGAAAAAUCCUAGCUAGCGUGGGGGUGUGAUUGAGCAACUAGUUCGCUACACGAUGAGGUACCAGGGAUCUUAUUUACAUCUUGUUCUUUAUUCUUCUUUGACUUCUGCGAACAAUCUUAAUCUUAAUCUUCUUACUCUGCUUCUCUACUCAAUCCUUACUCUGACCUAACUAAGUUUAAGCCGUGGUAUAGUAGCGGUUUUUAUAGCCAAAGCUGGGCAUGUUUGGGUUAGCUGACCGUGGGAAUAAAAUCAAGGUAAACUCGGUGUGGGUUAUUACUGAACCGACAUGGUUGCGAUCGGCAAGAAGCUACAAACUAAUGAAAAACUAAAAUGCUGGUUAACACACCCAAACAGGAACUUCAACGAGACUAAUGAACUAAGGUCAGCUCUAACAUCACAAACACGACCACCUAGCGAGCUAAGCAAAAAUUCAAGUACAUGUAAAAGCAAGUAAUCAAAACAGGAAAACACGUAUGUGGACAAAUCAAGACUAACUUCGACCCACUUUAUGAAACAAAAACGAAACUUGAAAGAUGAGACAGAUCUAAAAAUCAAUUUUCAAUAUACUUCACAAGACUAGUUUUCGACACCUAUCACCAAGCAUCAAAGGAAAAUAAUAAUUUUAAUUUACUUUCCAGUAUCAUAUUAGCAGCCAUCGUUUUCUAUCCUUAGGAUUUGCAGUUUGCAAGAAGUUACGACAAAGAACCCAUAAUAAUGAUAGCAGCCAGUCACAACUCCGAGGGCAGCAAUCUGAAACCAACACACAUGUCUGUUACCGCAUGGAUUGAGGUAUGGAAAGAUGUAGUUGUUGUAUGUUAUAUUUACGAGUUCAGAAUGCCAAAAAAUAAGUAAACAAAUAAAUAAGUCAGAUCUGAAAUACCCUUAGGAAGUUAAGCCCUUUAAAACAAUGUACAUGUACCAACUUAACCCAAGGCUUAUUCCUCGUAGAACUUUCAGUUUAUCAACCAUUGUUAUUUAAAUCUAACACAUUGUGUUUCCAAAAGUAGUUUCUCCCGCUCCCUCCAAAAAAUUUCAAGAGUUUCAGUAAUUUCGUGCUAGCAAGAAAGCGACCUUAUGGCAGGCCUCUAGGCGAAAGAACUCAAAACCAAUGUCGCCUUUGCUACGAAAUGAAUGGUGUGCAGUGCAAACAAACUGGUAGUGAUGACGUGUAACGUGUAACGUGUAACGUGUAACGUGUAACGUGUAUGAAUUUAUAAAGACGUUAUCUGAAAAAUGAAUCGUUUUGCUAUCUUUGAGAGAAUUUUCUUGGCUUCUGAAAUCCAAUUUAAUUGAUGCCCUUAAUUAAAUUCCUUGACCGAACAAUCCUGCGAAAUCUUGUCAGCUUGACCUUUACUUAAUACGUAGUGGAGGGGCGGGGAGUACAGUAGUCACAUUUGUAUCUUUAUCACUAAAAACAUUUUGUAAAUAAUACAAUUUGUCGAUAUGAGAGUAAAGAAUUGUGAAAAGAAGUUUUGUGAGACCACAUGAUCUCUCACAAAUUCGUCAGUUCAGAUAGUGUUGCUUGCCACACAUUAACCUGCUCAAUGAUGUUCCGCAGUACAAAUACCUGUUCUGUCGUCCCCCUGCCUUUUAUAUAUCCUUCCUGUUCUUUCCUUAUAUAACGUGUCAUCGACUUCACUUCUUAUCCUUAUCGAUAAUAAUCCUGAAUAGUAUCGUUCCCACAACAGAGAGUAAGGUUAUGCCUCUCCAAUUCUUGCAGUGUUUGGUGUUUCCUUUCUUUGCUAGUUUGAUGAUUAGCCCUCGCCGCCAACUCUUCGCGAUCUUCUCAUACUGCCAUAUUUUCUUCAUCAGUUGAUAUAUUUUCUCUGAUGAAAACUCUAUGUCUGCUUUCAGUAACUCUGCUGUUAUGGAGUCAUUCCCGGUGGUUUCCCAUUUUAUAAUAAGGAUGUUUACUGCUAUCUCUUUUACUUUGUCAUGGACGUCAUCCUCCCGAUCAUCAGUUAUUGGGUUUGCUGGUGCUUCUCUAUUAAGCACCUCCUUAAAGUGUUAAGUCCAUCUUGCCUUUACUUCACUGUUUUUACUGAUGAGUUUCAUUCUUGUCUAGAACCGUUGUGCUCUGUCUCGAUCUUUCAUUGCAUAACAUCAUUGUAAGCUCAUAUAGUGUCUUAUGUGUUGGCUCCUUGCAGCUUCUUCUGCCCAUCUGCAAUGUUCUCCAUCCACUUUCUUUUAUCCACUUUUAUACUCCUCUUAACUUCUCUGUCCUUUUCUGUAUACUUCGCCCUUAGUUGUCUCUUGGCCCUUUCUGAUCGUGUACUGAGAAUCUAUUUAUUGAUUUCCUUCCUUUGCUCUACAAGUUUCCAUGAUGCGUCACUGGUAAAUGGUAAACUCUUUCUGCAACCUCAGUGUACGCCCUCUCCAUCACUUGAAAGUCACGCUCUAUUUCUUCGUCUUCCUCUAUCGUUAGCCCUUCAUCCUCAAGUACCUGGUAUCUGUUCUUCAGGGCUCUGCUAAAUGUCUUCAAGAUGUUUUCAUUUCCGAUGUCCGCAGACCUGUAAACACUAGUGUCUUUCACUGAAUUCCUAAAUCUUUUAUUAAUGAGUGCAUGAUCUAUCUGAUUCCUGGUUAUCCUAUUUGGCGAGUACCCAUGUUGCUCUAUGUAUAUUCUUAUGAGGGAGGAGUCUCUUUGUUAUACAAAAAGACUGAGCAACAAAUAUUACAAAAAUAUAUCAAAUUUAGAAAGACAAAAGCCAAGAAGGGCCUCAAGAAGUUUGUCAAAUUUUGCAAAAAUCGCAAAGGUAGCAAUAUUUUUUUUGGUUAUUUAAAAUAUCGCAAGAAUAGCAAGAAUAGCAAAUUUAAUAAAAUUCUAGACGUGGAAAGAAAAAAGACAAAGGAGCAGCCUCAAGAAGUCCGCAAAUUUUGCAAAAAAUCGCAAAAACAACAAGAAUAUUUUUUUGUUAUCCUUUAAAAGUCUGAACUUUUGCGCAAAUUGCUAUAUUGCGUAAUUUGUUAGCGUGUUUUGUUUUUGUUGUUGCUGCUGAAUAAAAGUUCUUCUGACUUUUUGCGAUUUUUGCGAUAUUUGCAGGCUUCUAGAGGAACUUCCCUAAUUUUUUCCUCGUAAGUCUUAAUUUUUGCUAAAUUUGUUUUUCGUUUUUAUUCUAGCAAUACUUCGUAGCGUUUAUUUUUGUUGAUGUUGUUUCGCCCUGUUCUUCACAGGCGUUUUUUUCCCAUAGAAAAUGACAUGGGAACCGUGCCCUGGAUAAGAUCCCUCGCUGAAAAUGAGAACUCUCGAUUCGUUUUGUGCUGAGAAAGAGUUUUGCGUUUGAAGCGAAUAUACAUGUCAUAAAUAGGAUAUUAUUUAUUUUGCAGCACAUUAAGACUGGCGAAUUCCGCAUUUGUCUGAAGGAGUUGUACGCUAACCAGCAUGAUCCUGUGAACGUGACCUAUGCAGUACUAGCAGGUGGGUUAGACGGCGGGAAAAAAUCUUCCUUUGCAAUUACAAUGACCACGGACACUUGAAUUAAUUCAACUAUAUAAGUUUCAAUUAUUAUCAUUACUAAUAUUAUUAUUAUUAUUAUUAUUAUUAUUAUUACUAUUAUUAUAAAUUUUUAUAAUUUAUUGAUUGAUUACAGUCAAACCCCGUUAAUACCGACACCAAGGGGGCCAUAGAAAGUGUUCGUAUUAACGGGGUGUCCGUAUUAAGCGGGUUGAAUUUAGAGAAAAUAUGAGGGCUUACAUUCCCCAGGGACAAGGAAAACUGUCCGUAAUAACUAGUUGUCCGUAAAGCGGGGUCCGACUGUACCAGAUAAAAAGUCAUACCUGAUGUUACAAGAGGGUCUGAAUGGGGGAUCCACUUGCCGGUUGUCGGUUAAAAUUCAGUUACUUUGUCGGUGGUCGGUUAAACUUUUUGAUUUUUGUCGGUUGUCGGAAAAUCUCAGUUGAUAAGUAAAAACGCUUGUUAAUUAUUAAUAUGUUUAUGUAUUUCACCCAGUUUCAAGACUUUGAUCCCUAAGGAAAGAGUAAAACUUGUAAGAAUGCAACAUUUGAUUGAACUUCAUUAACUCUUGUUUGUUUAUGCAAAAUGAUCGUAUAUUUCACCAUUGUUUGCCAAAUGAAUAUCAUGAGUACUGAUAAAAUCACCAAACCUUUUAUUGUAAAUGCGAACUUGGUUUCCCUGUCGAUUACAGGGUACAGUAAAAAGCAAUUAAUUAAUUAAUGGACUCCAGCCUUUUAGAUACUGGCUUCAAAAAUUCUUAGUGAAAAACUGCAAGGGGUGACAGGCUGCACAUCUAUACCUUUAAUGUUUUGGCUCUAACAAGCAUGUCCUUUGCCAUAAUUUUCCUUCCUCAAAGAAAUAACACUUUAACCCUCGGACGUACAAGGGGUGGGGGGUGGAUACCACCCCCCCCCCCUUUAGGUUUUUCUGGGAUUUUUCCAAGAGGAUAAAACAUCAGCACCGGUCGUUUUCAGUAGAUGUUUACUUAUCCCUCGCACGCAUUUUGAGACAAGUUCAGUGAUGAUCAGUUUCUAUGGUUACGAGGUAUGACGUAAUAAGUAGCAGGUGGUCAAGCCAUUUUGAGUAAGAAUGUAUGUCUCUUUUUCAACUUUUUUCAACAAUAAAAGAAAAAUCUUGCAGCCAAAAUCAUGCAAAGUGCUUAUUUAUGUGUUAUUAUUCAUGUCAAGCAAUUACCAUUUCUCGCUGUUUUAACCUGAUUUCUAAUUCUUGGUAAAAUCAAUAUGGCGGCAAAGAUGGCGACCAUUGUUGGUGACGUAACAGGCCUCCAGCAGUGCCACCAUUCAUAAAAUAUACCUCAUCUUGUUAAAAAGAUCAAAGGCUUUUCAGUGAAGGCAAAAUCAAAAACUCUGGGGAGGGGCUCCAUCUACCCUCCUCUUGUACCAUGGUGGGGGGUAUGAUUUUGUGUGUACGUCCGAGGGUUAAUUUGGCAAGGUAGUGUUUGGUUUUGUAUUAGAUUACACUUUUUCAUUAAAGCUUCUUUCAUAAUAGACAAUGAAGGGCUUGUAUUGUGUUACGAAAGACAAUACUUCUUUUUCUUCCUUGUUGUUUUGUUUCAGGAGCGCUGCUUUCCUUCUGUGAGUUUUACUUCUAAUAGCAAUUUUUAUUUCAAAAUUGUGUGGCCAGCCUCUGUCCAUCAACCGCUUUUUGAAAUCUGAAAUACUUCCUCCGAGGAGUUUGUUCGUAGGAUUCUCAAGGCUUCCUGUUUGUCAAAUCCAUUCUAACAAUUGGUGGGUGGUAAGAGGUGAAAAUGUAUAUACUGGAAGGUUUCCGUUUAAAAUGCGUCUUUACGUCAAUGAUAGCUUUUUCUCAUUUUUCGUUGAAUGUUGUGCCUUGGUAUACAACCGAGUCUAAAAAGAUUGUCUCAGUGUCACGUAAUUCGGCCGUUAAUUUUAUUGCCAGUAGAGCGGCAGGGUGAAGUAAGUUUACUUGAUCCGUGAAUUUGAAGAAAUCUACCAUGUCUGGUUUACCUAUGUCCCAUAGGGAAAAAGUAUCAUCUAUAUAGCUUUUUCAAACAGUUGGUUUAAAGACCGUUUUGCUUAACUUUGUGUUUCAAUGUAUGCGGCCAUGAAAAUGUUGGAAAGAACACUGCUGUAUGUGCUCAUCGCGGUACCGUGGUUUUUUACUAUAUAUUGUGCUUUUCAUUAAGCUGGAAAGAAUUUUCUUUGAGGAUUAUUCUAAGCAUUUUUCGGACCGAAACAAGAAACGCUCAGUUUUUUCACCUUUGUCUUUUCAAUUCAAAGUAGACAGACUGCAAAUUAUCUUAGCUGCUAAAAAAUGUAUAUGUACGUGUCGCAACUGCUCAUCAGCAGGAUGCCUAAAAUGCGUGCAAUUCCACAAUUGGUUUCGGCUCCAUUAAAUCCUAUACCAAUUGCAGAACAUUUUAGGAGGAGCCACCCACCAUGUGAGCACUGUUAAAAUUUAUAAAGUCGGUAGCAUCUUUAAGGUGUGGUUUCUGUGAUUAUGACAGUAGUUGUAGUAAUGUACCCGUAUCAACAAAAGAGGAAAUUCUUUCUGUUAGACCAUCUAAUGAGUCAUAAAUUUAAAGAGGUUACUUCCUAACGGCUAGGAAAAAAAUGCAAAAUGCCCUUUUUUUCUGCAAACAAAUAUUGAUAAUGUCAGCCUAAGUCGGUAGUCGGUUAAUAUUUUUCAUGUCGGUAGUCGGUAAUUUUUUACUCGUUUUGUCGGUAGUCAGUAAUAUUUUUCGCCCUUUGUCGCUAGUCGGUUAACCCCAUUCACACCCUCUUACAAAUUCGAUAAGAGGAAAGCUAUAUGAAAUGGAGAAAAAACUAGUAAAUGAAGGAGAAUAAGACAGAAAAUAUAAAUAAUCUACAAACGGAGUUACAUUUAAAAUAAACUGAGUCUUCUUAUAAAUGUAUUCUUUAAAGCCUCCGAACGUUUCUUGGACUAAUUGUUAAUUAACAUAAAAUUAACAAAGGAGAAGAAUAAAUUGAGAAAAAAAAUACUAAUUUUAAAUGUGAAAAAUAUCAAAAGUCAGAAAAAAAAAAAUCUCGCUAGUUCCUUGAGAUCAAUUUCAAAGUCGUUAAUAGUCUGUAAUAUUCAGCGCGUACAACAUGAGCCUCUCAAGCACAACAGUCCAAGCCUCAGGAAGGCGAAUCCAUGACAUUGUAUUACUAUAAUCCUCUCCUUUCUUGGCUGAUAAGAGUUUAGCCAGUCUACUGUGAUACCUCUUGCAUUCACCUGCCAUUCUUCUGGGCCCAGUCGUUCGAAAGCCGAUUAGCGCUUAACCCGGGGUUCAAUUUAACCCGGGUUUCUUUUUAUUGUGUUUGAAAGCAUUUUCUCUGAUAAUUUUCUAUGUUUUUUUUAGAGCUUCCAAUCAUCAACUUGUAGACAAAAAGAAGUAAAACUGAAAUGCUUUUUAAGCUUUCAAAUCUGAAUUCAAAUCUCGCACUAAACCUGGGUUAUCUUAACCCAGCUUUGAACAACUCGGCCCUGGUGGUAGUAAAUACCAGUGGAGUGAAAGAGCCUUGUUCGACUUCUAGCACCCUGCUGGCCCACAUUCUUUUCCUCUCACUCUUAUGCUGGGGGUAGAUUUGUUUUGUGAUGAGGCCUUUAUAAGACACUGCAUUCGGGUAACAAACCCUAACGUCGAAAAAGGCAGAGUCUUGCCGCUCCAAAAAACCACGAGCGUGAAUGUUGAGCCGGGAAUCCGCUGCUCUCUUCGUACCAGGUGUCAGCACUUCUCCGUUUAUCUCCUGAAGUACAGGCUCAAUUUGGACUUCAUUGCAUCAUCAUCUUCUAGCAUUUCGGCUUCCAAAUCACGUAACUCGUUAUGUCUUUGAAUGAGGAAGCCUCUUCCUCUCCACACUAUGGUGUGGUCUACAUCGAAAACAUCUCCACACGCACAAGUAGACGGGGUGUUGCUUAGUUGCCAUCAUAUCUCAAAUGAAUGGCAUCUUUGAAUUCUCUCUUAUUUAGAGUAAAGUCCACAUGGACAAAAAACACCGUGAACCGCAGUCCGAACAUUGAUCAGAACCUAUUUUAUAGCAACAGUGUAUACUUUUUCUUCACUUUUUUAGGUUUUCAAUCCUGACCAGUUUAAAUACAGUGUCCAACCCUGUAUAUUAAUGAAGCUUUUUUCUUUUACAAAUUCUUUUUUUUUUUUCAAAAUGUCAAUAUACGGCCUUGGAAGUGAAGUGUGCGUGGUACUUGCAUUGCAUUCCUUCCCCAAAGCCAACUGUCUUACCAGUCACCACCUUGAAAAACCGUUUUUCCUUAUUUUCAGUUAUUUUCCCCGAACUUUCGACAACGCGAACUUCCGAUAACUCAAACUUUUUUUCGCGGACUUCCCUUCGAGUUAUCGGGAAUCGACCAUAUACAGUUAUUUCGAGAAAGGUUGUCGGAAAGAAUAUGCACGCAACAAUCCCGAAAGGUAAUCUGGGAUAUGAUCAAUAUGUUGUUCCUAACGACUGUAGCUGUCGAACCUACUUUUGUUGCUUUCCUUUAGCACUCGCAAACAUAACAUCGCAAACAUCCCGUGCCAUUCUUUCAAAUUUCUUUGAAGAACAGUGUCGCUCAAAACUGCUCAAAAUACCUUUUGGAAUUGUCGCGCGCUCUUUUUCCGACAACCUUUCUCGAAAUAGCUGUAUAUUAAAAUAUGGAUUUAACCUCGUUAACCUUUCAUUGCUUUGUUCCUGCAGAUGUAUGUAAACCUGGUUGGUCAUAUUUUGGUGGCAUUUGCUACUCAACCAGUCAAACAUGUAAGAACUGGACUGAAGCCCAGAGUACUUGCCAAUCAUACAGCGCUAAUCUCAUCAGUGUACGAAACCAAGAAGAGAACGUCUAUAUUCAACAUAGGAUGAAUGGCGCCAAGGGCUGGAUUGGGCUAAACGAUAGGGGUACGGAGGGAACUUUUGUCUGGGCAGAUAAUCAAACAAACAAUUUCACUUACUGGGCUAAGAACCAGCCCAACAACUUCAACAAUGAAGACUGCGUUCACACCUUGGGAGUGGGACAUAGUUUUAUGUGGAAUGACGUGAGCUGUGAGACCUGCCAUAACUACACUUGUUCAGAAGGUACUGUGGAGCCUUAUUAUUAUUAUUAUUAUUAUUAUUAUUAUUAUUAUUAUCGUUAUCAUUAUCAUUAUCAUUAUCAUCAUCAUUAUCAUCAUCAUUAUCAUUAUCAUUAUUAUUAUUAUUAUUAUUAUUAUUAUUAAACUCUGAUUGCCCAUAAAGGAGUGCAUCUGUACUGCAACACAAGUGCAUAUUUGUACAGAAACUGUAGCGCGAGUGAAAUUACAAAUUCUUAAGUUCUUUUAAAAAUGGCCAAGAAAAAAGAACAGAAAAAAAGAAACCGACGAGAGCAAAUUUUUUUCUGUAGCAACACAUUGGCCAAAAAUGUGUGAUAGGGUGCGAAAACAAAACACAAAAAAAAACAAAACAAGGAACGAACUACUACUACUAUUUGAAAGCACUGGGGUGAAUCUUGAUGUCGCUCAGAUUCAAAAGACUGUCCUAUUAGGGACAGCACGAAUCCUCCGACGGGUUCUCGACUACUAGUGUUGGAAGACGUGACCUGUACCGAGAACUAGCAACCAGUUGAACACUGAAAGUGUAUACAUAACAACAACAAUAAUAAUAAUAAUAAUAAUAAUAAUAAUAAUAAUAAUAAUAAUAAUAAUAAUAAUAAUAAUAAAUAAAUAAAUAAAUUUUAAAUAAGUAAAUAAAUUUAGUAUAGGUACAGACCAUGAAAUUGAGGCUAGGAGACCGGAUCUAUUGAUCAUUGACAAAAAAGAGAACAACUGCCAAAUUAUAGACGUGGCAAUUCCAGAUAAUGGAAGGGUGAGAGAAAAAGAGGACGAGAAAGAAAAAUAUCGAGAUUUCGCCAGAGAAAUCCGACAGAUAUGGGGCGUAAGGACAUAGGUAAUACCCAUAGUGGUGGGGGCAUUAAGGACAAUACCACUGAGGUUAAAAGAAAAUCUGAGGACCAUAGGUGUCAACAUAUCCAUUGAACUGAUUCAGAGAUGUGCCCUUUUGGAGUCAGCGAGGAUCCUUUUUAUUGACUUUUUUUUCCGUUUUACACUUGGUUUCUAACUGCUUUUUGUUUGUUUUUUCUUUGUUUGUUUGUUAUUUCUUUUUUCAAACAAGAUUUUGAUGAAUGUGCAGGAGACAACAACCACUGUCACCAAAAUGCUGUCUGUACAAAUUCUCUUGGCUCCUAUAGAUGUCGUUGCUCGACGGGAUAUACGGGUGAUGGCUUGGCGUGCACAGGUAACUACUCUGAAAGCUCGAUCUGAUAUAUUGCCCAUUCGAAAUAGAAACAAGCAUAACUAAGAGAGGUCUUGCAAUCUGGCCCGAGUUGUUCAAAAGGUGGAUAGUGGUAUCCAGUGUAUAUAUCUUUUUUUCUAUUCAGUGGAUAAGACAACUGGUCUCCCUAAUGAUUUUCAAGUGGGUACUGGGAUAUAUCAAGUGGAUAGCGCUAUCAAUCUUAAGAACAACUGUGGGUAUUACAGUUGAACUGCGACUUACAAAACAAGUGUGACCGACAUUGCACCCGUCCGAAGCUUACCAAACAACUCUGGAACCUGCGUACUUUGCAUCAUUUGAAUAAAGUCCAAUCCGGCCAGGGGAAUGGCCAAAGAACAUCGCGAAAAGUUGUCAAUUUCAUCAGUGAACAAAUUUUUACACGAAUAGAAAAGUAACAGCUUUCCUUUAGCAGAAGUAAAAAUCUGAGAACGUUCUUCGAAAUAAAUCAAAAAGUCCAUCAGUUAAAGCCUGCGAAGCCAAAGAAUCUCGUCGCUGUUCAUUCUCGAUUCUUGCAAGCCGAUUUGCAUCGACAAUCGCUGAUGAUAAUAGCGAUAAUUAAGUGCAUGAAGAACAAUGUAGUCAGUGCAAAAAACAGCCCGGAGGAUAAUUUGAAAAUUGUGGCAGCGGCCUUUCAGGAUUAACUUUAAACAUGAAGUGUUGUGAACAACCUGGCCUUGCCAAACAAUCUUGCAGACAUAACCCGUUUUCUUUUACUCAGAUUAACUGGACGUCAAUAUGUCAGCAGUUUACUAAUCUCUAAAUUCCUUUUGGGCUGUCUCGUAAAAUACCGAAUAAUUUUUGUUUUGUUUUUCUUUCGCUUUCUUUAGUUUCGGGGCAGCGUGCAAAGUCGAGGGAAAAUCCAUGUCUUCAGGCAUCAGUUGUUCAAGAGACGGAUAACACUAUCCACUGAAUAAAGUUCUAUCCAGCGUAUAGGCGAAUCUUUCUGACGUCAUUGUUAACCUUUUUCCUCAUUAGCAUACGACUUAACUUAUAGAAGCCGUGGUUGUAUAUAUGAACUAAAUGCCAAAAUUGAAAGAGCUGAUUAAGUUGAGCAAUUUGUGCAAUUUUCAGCCCGUUUAAGGAAAUAUCAGCCAUCAAAAACUGCGAAAUUACUGUGUGGCAAAAAAGUUAAAUGAGCCAUACAUUCUCUGUAAAAUUUCGAGUUUAGAAGAGAAUUUCUCCGAAACCAUUCGGUGUAUUGGGCUCAAAUUUUCAGAGAGAACUAAAACUGUUAUGUCCUUUCAAUAUUCAGAGUUUUUAUUUUAUCAGCGUCAUCAGAUAGUGAUUAGCAUAUGUUAAUGAGGCAAAAAGUGUAAACAAAGAUUCGCCUAUAGCGCAAUUGGUUUCCCUAAUACUUAUCCGUUGGAUAGUGAUUUAUCCGAUGGAUAGUGCUAUCCCACUGGGGCCUGGUGCCUUCUUUGAGAAGUCUAUAAAACAUCGACAACGCAAAUUAUGCUACCGAUCAUGAAUACUACUUCACUGAUUCAUUUACGCAUUAAAAAAUCUAUGUGAAUUAUUUUUUAGCUCGGUUCGGUUAAAGUGGGUCAAUGAUUGCUUGUGUGAGGCAAAAAAUUAGCUGAAAGAAUUUUUUUUUUUCUUGGUUCAUAAAAAAGUUAUGCGAUUCGAGGAAAAUUCACCAUCUCACUCAAGAAUUCCUGGUUAAAUUUGAAAAACCGAUAUCGCACUCAUCGCGGUAUUAGAUUUCGCGUGAAAUUUCACGUAGAACCCUAGUCACGAGGUGAAUUUUCCUAUGAAAAAUAUUAAUCUCAAGGCAAAAGAGGAUAAAGGGGGCAGAGGAGGCAUCCCCCAUACACACCCUAUUACAUAGGUAAUUCGUCUCGAGUUAUUUUUAAGACCACAGAUCCCAAGGGGGAUUAGACGACAGCCAAUCACAUAGCGCGAAUGUGUUCCGCGUGGAUGACCCACGCUCAGAGCCACGCGUCCUUCACGAAUUGACGCAGAACAAAAUGGCGGAAGACGCGGAGAGCGAUAUUGCUUUUCGUUUUGUCGACGAAAACGACCUAUAGAGAGAUUUCUGCUAAAGCUGUGUCAGCGAAACGGAAAUUAAGAAAAAACAAGACGCACGAGGGCGUGAACCCGGCCUUCUUUUAGUUCAUAAAAUGAUAGUGCGCCGGGGGAAAAUGUGCACUAUGCAGUAAUGCACCACAACUCAUAUGAACUUUGAUGAUGGAUUGAUGAUGAAUAAAUGGAAACAAAAUACUACCGGCUAGCAAAUCAGACAGGAAAUUAGACUCGAACGUUCCAAAGGGGUGUACUUGACCAUGACUGCAUAGUGCUUCAAAGUAGUGUUGCAGCUAGUUUUCUUUUUCUUCAAAUUAGCGUGAGCUUCAGUCACAAUCUUAGGUAGUAAACUAAUAUUUUGAGGGAAAAAUCUUUGAAAUAACACCCUAUAUGAAAAGGAAGAGAACAAAAUGGUUGGAAUAAUUAUGCCAGGAUUUUAAAUUUGUUCUGGUUGCUGAAGUGUUUAUUGUACGUGCUAGAUUACUACAAAGGAGUAAAAAACCCAGAUCUUCGCGUGAGUAAGACCUUUAUUCAUAUUAUUGUCACUCUGAUACAGGUGCUUCAAAGACAAACUACCGGCAUCUUCUUUUAGUUAAUUCAUCAUCAGAAAUCUUCGAAAAGUGUUGCUGCACUUAUCGUUUGAUUUGGGAUCAAGUUCAUCUUCUCUGAAAAAAAAAGGUAAAUAAAUAAAGGAUAUGUCAAUAUUUUAUUGCCUUGUUAUUGAUUCAACAACAAGCAAAGAAGUCACCACAGAAAACCCAAACCUACACCCAUAUGUGCCUCGUUGAGGAUAAUCCCAAAACCAACUUAAAAUACAGAAUAUUACAAUCGAUUUGUCGAUCCUUUUAAUUGCAAGUUUGAAUGUAUAGUAGCUGAACACGGCAAAGAGAAAAAAUUGAAAUUUCUAAUAAUGUUGGAUCGAUCAAAAUGGAGUUUUGCAAGAUCAAAAUUCGAUAGUAAGCAAUCGCCCAUUUUUCAAAAAGCUUUAAGCUUACAUGUAAUCUUUGAGUUAAUUUAACAGUGAGAUGUUGUUACACAGUAAAUCAUGUCCAAUUUUAGCAUCAAACAACUCUACGUGCUUUACAAACCUGCUGCUUCCGUGCGAGCUCGAUACAAGUUAAUCCAUUAUAUGGCAUACAUGCCAAAAAAAGUCAAAGAAUAUUUCUUUCCAUCGAUAUAGUAAGUUUCCGUUUUUAUACCGCCGGGCAGCACGAGACUUGGACCAACCACAAACUUCUGCGAUGAACAGUCAGAUUUGUUUGUUUUGAUGAAUGAAAAUUAAUGCACCGAAACGGUAAUUUACUGCCACUUUCCUGCAGCUUUUAAAUUUUCUAAUGUGUCUUACUGUUUUGCGAUAAAAGCUAUAAAGCAUAAAAUUUCUAAGGUGUUUACAGU